AUGCCCGAAUUCAGGGAAACGCUCACGUCCGGCUUCUCCGCGCCCAUCCCAAAUACUGCUCUCACCCUCCUCAAGGGCCUCUACGCUACACAUCCCACCUCACAGCACGUCCCUGUCCUCGACAACGACAAGCAUGCCUUUCCGCUGUCCGCUUACCUCUCCUCUCUCGAUAUCGCACCUAAGAUUCAUGCCCACGACGCUACCUCCAGGAGCCUUACGGGUGACAGCUACGCCCUCUACUCCCAUGACGUCAAGGACCACAGCGUCUUCUCGGAGGUGAUCGCCGGGCGCUCAACGUUUGUGGUCAACGGGGUCGAAUACACGGCCUACAAGGCUACCUGGCUGUAUAACUGGGAAGACUGCUACUUUUACGACCUCGUGUUCGACGCAACCGAUGCGACACCAGGGGAGAAACUCGCGGGCCUGGUGUAUAAAUACGGAUUCACGCUGAGGAAACAGAUAUGGGUGUAUCAGGGCGGGAGCUGGAGCGCGGACGAGGAGCUGUACCAGGGGGUUCAGGGGGCGAGCUGGGAGGAUAUCGUGCUCGACGAGGCAUUUGUACAGGGCAUACGGCGCGACACGAAGGUCUUUUUCGAGAGCCGCGAGAUCUACGAAGAGCUGGGCAUGACGUGGAAACGGGGAAUCCUACUGCUCGGACCGCCGGGGAACGGCAAGACCGAGUCGAUCAAGGCGCUAUUGAAAGAGUCGAACUACCCCGCGCUGUACGUCAAGUCCUUCACAACGCAAGCCGGCCCUGAAGAGGGCGUCCGCAGCAUCUUCCGCCACGCGCGCAAGCAUGCGCCCUGCAUUCUCGUGAUCGAGGACCUCGACGCGAUGGUGACCAAGAAAGUGCGUAGCUUCUUCCUGAACGAGCUCGACGGCCUCGCCGCCAACGUCGGUAUCCUCACGCUCGCGACGACGAAUCACCCGGAACGGAUCGACGAUGCGAUUGUCAACAGGCCCUCGCGUUUCGACGUCAAGUACACGUUCGCGCUCCCCGACGAGAUGCUCCGCGCCGCGUUCGCGAAAAAAUGGUUGAAUAAAAUUGCGGCAGGGGCCAAGGGCACAAGCAGGGUGAUGAGGGGUGUCCAGUUCGAGUCAUCUAACGAGGAGAUCGCGCACAAAGUCGCGGCGCAGACGGCAGGCUUCAGCUUUGCGUUCAUGAAAGAACUAUUCGUCUCGUUCCUCCUCUCUGUCGCGCACCGCCGUUCAACCCAGUCGUCGCUAUCGGAGACGCCAGACAAUUCGCUAUUCAAGCAGAUCGAUUUCCUGUCCGCGCAGAUGGUCAAGAAGGUUGAGGACAAAGCGAAAGAACAGAAGAAGGCCGAAGAUGCAGGGGAAAGAGACGGAAAGAAAGACGGCGAAGUUGAACAAGACGAAGACGCUGAACAAGAAGAGGGCUACUGCCGUCCAUUGCCGAGGGAGAACACUCGGGAGCACGACGGAACGCGAUUCUAGAUGGAGUUCUUUGCAACGACGUCCACGACUUGUUUACCACUUCAUGAUGGUAACAAGAGCGCUAGGGCCGUAUGGACAACUAUAGAUGUCAAAAUGGUCACGGUAUGAUCAGUCAAUAAGAUAGUAUGGAUCUCAAAGUU